CGAACUUUGCGACGCCACGACCCGCGUGAGCUGCGGUUUUGCGGGGAUGAGCCGCCGGACGUACAUCAUGUCGGCGUCUGCUUCUCGGCCGUCGAGCGAUUCCGUCUGUCUUACUCUCCUCUUGCUUUUUCUCGAUCUUCGUGCAGUCUGCUGAGUGUUAUCGACUUCGAGCGUUUCCGGUCCCUCUCCACAUUCGAAAUCGUACAUUGGAAGCACACAACAUGGCGAAGGUGUUUGACUAUGCGGAAGUCUCGAAACAUAACACUGCAGAGAGCUGCUGGGUGGUCCUCUACGGAGACGUCUACGAUGUAACACGCUUCAUCCCCGAACAUCCGGGCGGCAGCAAGGUCAUCCUGCAGCUUGCCGGCAGCGACGCAACAGAAGAGUACGACCCAAUUCACCCACCAGGCUUACUCGAAGAGAACCUCAAGCCCGAAGACAAGCUCGGUAAGAUCAACCCCGACUCGCUGCCGAAGGAAGAGAAGACACCCGUGGAGACAGGUGAAGUCGAGGAUGACGGGCCGGUGGACCUGGAGAGCAUCCUCAACAUCGAUGAGAUUGAGGAGGUUGCGACGAAGAAAAUCCCUUACAAGGGCUGGGCAUACUACUACUCCGCCUCAGAUGACCUCACAUCGAAAACCUUCAACGGUGCUGUGUAUCGCCAGAUCCUCCUCCGACCCCGUGUCUUCGUCGACUGCACAUCCUGCGACACAUCGACAUCCUUCCUCGGCCACAAGGUCAAGCUUCCUAUCUACGUCUCUCCCGCAGCAAUGGCACGUCUUGCCCACCAAGACGGCGAAUGGGGCAUCGCGCAAGCCUGCGAGAAAUUCGGCGCCAUGCAGGUAAUCUCGCAAAACGCCUCCAUGACCCCAGAGCAAAUCAUCGCCGACGCAAAGUCCGGACAAGUCUUCGGCUGGCAACUCUACGUGCAGAACGAGCGCGCAAAGAGCGAGGCAAUCCUCGCCCGCAUGAACAACCUCGACCCCAUCAAGUUCAUCUGCCUGACGCUCGAUGCUCCCGUGCCGGGCAAGCGCGAGCACGACGAGCGUAGCAAGAACGUCGGCUCCAACCUGUCUGUCCGCGCAGCCGUGCAGGAAGACCAGAGCGUCAGCAAGACCUCGACGGAGGCGAAGACGCCAAAACUCGCAGGUGUGGGGCAGAGUCUGUUCUGGGGUACCGCAGCAGACCUGACAUGGCGCUCCACCCUGCCGUGGCUUGCGAAACACACAAACAAGCCCAUCGUGCUCAAGGGUAUCCAGACACAUGAGGAUGCGUACUUGGCGUCGUGUUACGCGCCGCAGGUCAAGGCGAUUAUUCUGUCGAAUCAUGGUGGCAGAGCGCUGGAUACCGCGCCGCCUGCGGUGCAUACGCUGCUGGAGAUCAGGAAGUAUUGCCCCGAGGUCUUUGAUCGUAUCGAGGUUUGGGUCGACGGGGGUAUCAAGCGCGGCACAGAUGUUGUCAAGGCGCUGUGCUUGGGCGCGAGAGGUGUUGGCGUUGGGCGUGCGGCGCUGUUUGGGUUGGGCGCUGGUGGCCAGGAGGGCGUUGAGCGCGUGCUUGAGAUCCUCAAAGCGGAGACGGAGACAUGCAUGCGCCUGCUCGGCGUCGAGAGCGUCGAUCAGCUUGGGCCUCACCUUAUCAACACAAGAGCCGUCGAGCGCGACAUCUACGACGGGCCAUCAUUCGCACGAGGCGCCGUUGAGAGCACAGCACGGAAUCCCGUACCCAUCAAAGCGAAGCUGUAAUUAGUUGUUUCGAUAUCUCAAAGCGUACAUGACAAAAUAAUAGAUCACCACAGAUUAGGUGACGGUAGGUGUAACUUGGGAUGAAGACAACUUGCGCAAACACAUGAACUUAACUAGACCACUUCUUCUACUUUCAAACAUUCUCUACCGUCUUCGACUUCUCCGAGGUAAUUAAUUAGUCUCAUGUAUAUACUCCAUGGUACAUACUUAGACUCAUAACACUGCCAACCUCCA